GCCUUCCACUCGGCCUCUCCAUCCAUCCAUCCAUCCAGCUCAACCAUGGCACCCUUCAAGAUCAGCGCCGCCCUCCUGGCCCUGGCCGCCCUCGCCUCGGCCGCCCCCUCCGAUCCCUACCGCCCAGUGUACACGCCCGCACCCUACCACCCUCCACCCCCGGUCUAUCUCCCUGAGCCCGUGUACAAGCCCGAACCCGUCUACAAGCCGAAGCCUGUGUACCACCCCAAGCCCGUGUACAAGCCCGAGCCUGUUUACAAGCCCGAACCCGUGUACGAGCCCGAGCCCGUGUACAAGCCUGAGCCCGUGUACAAACCCAAGCCCGUGUACAAGCCUGAGCCCGUAUACAAGCCUGAGCCCGUGUACAAGCCCGAUCCCUACCACCCCAAGCCCGUCUACGAUGAGGAGCCCAAGCCCUACUCCUUCGACUACGCGUCAACGACCACUAUCCGGCGCCAACUUCGGCCACACCGAGAACUCCGACGGAAAGGCCGUGAAGGGCUCGUACACCGUGGCCCUCCCCGACGGCCGCAUCCAGACCGUCAACUACGUGGCCGACCACUACAACGGCUUCCAGGCUGAGGUCACCUACAGGGCGAGCCCAAGUACCCCGAAUACCACCCCCCGAGCCCGCCUACAAGCCGCCCCCAAGCCCUACCAUCCCCCGCCCCCCGCCUACAAGCC